UGUCUAGUUCUAGGUUAUGUUUUUGUUUUGGCUUGGCUUGGCGGUUUUAGGAUUUUUUCAUUAUUGAAGUAUUAAUGGAAAUAAUAGUUAUAAGAAAAAAAUUACAAUGGAUUUAGAUCCGCAAAUUUUCUUCUCGAAUGUGACUAAGAGCCUUCAAGAUCCAGAAAAUGGCCCAUCAGAAUCCUUAAGACUGCUAGAUUCUUUUAACAGAAACUUAAUUGAAGAACAGAUAGAUGCAGAAUUAUUAGAUCUGUAUAUUCCCUAUUUUUACCACACAUCAAAUUCUUUAUUAAACUUUGUAGAUAAAUCAUGGAAGCUCAAAAAAUUCAAAAAACCAUGUCUCAAAGCUUUAGAAAUAUUGUACGCAGUUUUAAACAACUUUUAUUCCAGGUUAUCUGAGAAAGAUAUACUUUCUUUAUAUAGCUUGGCUCGCAGUGUUAUAAGAUCUUCUGCAGAAGCUCAGAUAAAGACCAAAAUGUUCGAUUUGGUCAAAAGAAGUUUAGAAAAAAGUGAAGGAUGUGUAGAUGUUCACGCCCUUCCAGUUUAUAAAGAUUUGUGUAAAUCUGUUGUACUCUCUUUGCAGCAAAAAACUUCAGAUACAGUUAGAGACAAAGAGAUGACGCUAGCAGGUUACCUUGCUAAAAAAUUCUCAUUCAUAAUAGAAGACCACAAACAGCUCAAACAGAUUUUGUGGCAAAAUUUCAAUAUGCUUUGUUCAAUACAGACAAAAAUGUCUCAUUAUGCCGUAUCCGGUUUCUACACAGGAUUUGCAGACUUUUUAGAAAGUUUUCCCCUGAAUCCAACAGAAGAUAAAAAAAUUGUGGAGAAAUUGUACAUGCAUAUUAAACAUUUGGUUGUUAUCAACGACCGGUUAAAACUAGGAAAUAGAGCGGCAAUAACGUUUUUUGCAACGUAUACUUCUCUUUUCAAAGAGCACUUGUUAAAAGAUUACCAAUUUUGGCAUCAAAAGCUGCUGAUUUGGUUGCAAUUGGGACUCGAUGAAAAAAAAGUUGGAUCAAGUGCUUUGAGAUCGUUCUAUCAAACGGUCUCUAAGGUUCUAGAAGAAAAGAAUGAUGAAGGAUGUAAAGACAUUGUCCAAUACUUCAUAACUUACUGCAAAACAGUUUUGAACAACAAAGAUUCCACGAACUACGAAAAACGUUCCGCCAUUUUCUGUUUAAGAGAAUUUUCCUCCGUGUCUCACAAAUACUUGGAUCCCAAUGAAGUUAGCGAGAUUUUCUUGGUCAUUAUGCAAAUCUUCGAAAAUACCUUCAUGCAAGAUUACAAUCCGCAAAAUGAGGAAUGCGAGUACCUUCCUGAUUACAUACAAACCGUUGCUAAUUUCAUGAGGUUCAAAGAAUUUACGGCUAGUCAGUUUUAUUGUUUGCAAAAAGGCGUUAUAAGUAUGAUCAAAUCGUUUCAUAAGUUGCCUUAUUUGUAUCACGGUCUGGUCAUAGAUUCUUUGGUUUUAACGUUGUUUUAUUUGAAGAAUACCCAUUGUUUUGAUACAUUUUUGGAGAACGUUGUGUAUCAAGGCGUAGUAUGGUCUUGUUCGCAUCAACAUGUAGCAGCCGAAGCUUUCACUGAUCAAUCCGCUCAAAAAUUAGUGACAGUCAAGAACUACUAUCACUUGUGGCGAGGAGUUUUAGCACUAACCUCGAACCGUCAAUUUGACAGAUACGAAUAUUACUUAGAAGAUAGAAAAUUUAUAUUACAAAGAGUAAUUAAUGAACUAAUCAAAAGUUUAAUGAUCUUAGUUAAUAAACUGAACGUUUCUGUAAGUCUUAAAGACGAAAAUAACGUUGUAACCGUAUUAGAAAAGGCUUACAAAGUUGAAGAAAUCAACGAUUACGCAAUAUUUUUAAACGUAGUAGAUUUUUAUGAAGAUAUAUUCGAUAAAAUCGAACCGAAAAUGUUUACGAAAUGCGUCACAAAGAUGAUAGACCAUUUAAUUUCGAAAUGUUUAAAAUAUCCAUUGAUAAGCGGUUUUUAUAAAUUGCUGUCGUUUUGUCUCAAAAUAUCCCGCAAUUUAACUUUAUUUAACAACGAAAGUGGAAGACAGGAUAUCAUAAACUGUCGUGAAACUUUAACAUCGUUUCUUACGAUAUUACUGAACAAAAUGGCGGAAUUUAAAGACGAUUUACUAAUUUCCUGCUUGAGGGUAUUGCUAGAAACCCCCGUCGAGAUUAUAGAACCUAUGCUGCCCUCUUGCGUCGUUCCAUUUACUAAUAUUUUUGAAGUAGGUCGCAGUUACUUACCUUUAGCCGAGAUGGGUAUCGAUACUUUAGAAUACUGGCAGGAAAAUAUUUCUCCAGAUACUCUAGACCCGCUUCUAUCGAAAAUCAUUCCAUGUUUGGACAGUUUCCUAAGAAGCAAGUUCUUUAAAGGCUACGUUUCCAAAUCGAACGAAAAACGGCGAAAAACCGUGCAAGUCAUGAAAAAACGAAAAGUAUUGGAAGAACUUGAACCCGAAUUGGUGAAGCUCCAACGGAAGAUGCUGUGUUUUAUCGGAAGACAGAGUUUGAAAAAUUGCCAGAAUUUCAUAUUUUCUGAUGGUAGUUUCGCUAACAAUUUGAUCACCGGUCAGGGAUCUCAUUUGAAGCUGACUUUACCUUACGAAGAUUUGCAGUUGGAUAUGUAUUUGGAUACCUUUUUACCCAGAAUUAUUGAGCUGGCUCUAUAUAGCAGCGAUAGGAAAACCAGAAUCAUAUCUUGCGAAUUAUUACAAGCCUGCGUUAUGGUGUUUCUAGGCAGAGCCAAGCAAAUGAGUACUGCCGGUUUAGGAGAGUUAAAUAAUAUGCUAAAAACUCUGGCAAUGCCUCUUUUGCAACUGGGCUGUGACGUAGAUCAAGUUGUAAGGCAAAUUUUUGAACCUUUGUUUUGUCAAUUGAUUCAUUGGUAUACAUCGCCGACACAAGCUCGUGGGGCGCACAGUGCCAUCAUCAUUGAAGCUUUAAUGGAAGGCAUUACGCACCCCAGUAAUUCGAACCUUAAAGACUUUUCCGGAAGAUGUAUCAACGAAUUCGUUAGAUGGACCCUAAAGCAUCAAAAUCUAAAUCCGGAAAGCAGCAUCAAGGUUUUAGUGAAAAAUAUUCGCUUUUUUAGCACGCAUCCAGAUUCUGCUAAAAAAUUGGGCGCGGCUCUGAUUUUUAACAGCGUUUACAGAGAAUUGAGGGAAGAUGAGAAAUUCAUCGACAUAUUUUGGAUAGAAAUACUGCACAUUUUCGUACUUAGUCUCGAUUCUAUUACCGAUUUUGAAGAAACCACUACAAUCAAUCAAAUAAAAUAUGCUUUAGCUAAUUUACAACGUGUCAUCAUAGAAAAACCAUCAGUAUUUCGUAAAAUAAACGAAAAACGUAGAAUUCCUAACGAUUUAAACAACGGAUUGUUAACGGACGUAUCGAUAUGGUUAAUAAAUCAAACAUCUAGCAACAGCAAACAUUGCAGACUAGCUUGCAUGGAACUUUUCGUUAAUAUAACACCAUUAUCGAGCUCAAAUAGAUUACAUUUGCACGAUUUUGUUAUCGAACACUUAGAUACAACAGUGUCCAGUUUAUACGAUUCUAAACUCGUUAAUUUCGAUUCUUUACAUCAAAAAUCCUACUGUGACUGCGCCAGUUUACUGAAUUACUUACGUAACUUACUCUGUUGCUUGGAUGGAUAUAAGUUUAUAGUUCAAAAUAAUCUAGAAACGAUCACUUUUGACGAGAUUAUAUUCAACGAAGCUCAAAUUUUCUUGGAAAAAUUACAAACUGCAGAUUUGGUUGCUAGUUUGAAUUUGAUACAGCUAAAAGGUUGGAAUUUUACUGUUCUGGAUAAAGAUAUGUUUGUACGUUUAAAAACUGCUUGUAUUUUGUCCAUUUUGAAGUUAUACAACGCAUUGAUUCACAACGAAUUGCUUUGUGAUAAAACUGAAAAAUUGUGGACCGAAAAUUUUUGGAAAUUGGUAUCAAACACCGUAUAUUAUCCUCAGGAUUUGGGUUUAAAUGAUAUCAUUACUGAAUACAGCGAGAUCGUCUUUAUAUUAUUGAAUAAUAUUGCGAAGAAACUUCGUAAAACUUCAGUAGAAUCUUUUGUAAACGUAUUGCAGGAUUCUAUUGAACCUUUUUCAACUAUAAAUCUUGAAAGAAAUACUUCUUUGCGAGAAAGAAACCUUCUUAAGGGAAUGAUUUUGCUCAGUGAUACAUCGUUGGGUCAAAAGAUGGAGUUGUCCAUCCAGACCAACAUACUUUUAGAAGGUUUUAUAGCAAAUUUCUAUAGAAAUGCUGUAGAUGAUGUUAUUUUCGUUAAUCAAGUACCCGAUACGACAUUUUCUCAUCUUCUAUUCUUAUUCAAGUUUAUGCUAAACGAAAAAAAUAACUUAAGCAGGUUAUUUGAUAAAUUAUUACUGUCAGGUUACUAUGUUCAAAGCAUCGAUAUGGUAAAGAAGAAACAUGCGGGAUUAUUUUUCACCUCAACCUUUCCCGAAGCUCUAGUACCAGCAAUUAUCAAACAUUUCGACACAUUUCUGAGAUUAGGUCUUUCUAAAAGCAAAAGUAUUACUUUAGACAUAAUUAUCUUUAUCCUCGGGUAUAUUAUUAAAGAACAAGCCGAGAAAAAUGCAUACAAAGAUUUGAUGGAUAAUUUGGUGAUGUAUUGGAGCGACUUCGCCGAGUUUUUCAAUACGAGCCAUGAAACUAUGCAGCUCGGAGUCGAAUUUUUGACUCUGUUCGUCCAAAUUUCCGAUUCUGGUUCUUAUGAUAUGCAAGAUUGGUUAGUAGAUUGUCUUAUACGGGGCAGGAUCAAUAAUCAUAUUGAAAUUUUUGGAUUGUUGGCCAAAAUAGCUGGGAAUGAUAUCAGCGAGAAACAAAGUAACGACUUAAAAACGGCUUUCACUAUUCUGGACGAGAAAAUAUACACGCAAACGUCAAAUCAAGAUGUAAUUUCUAACGAUUUUAAUAAAUUACUAACAUUCCUUCCAGUGGUUAAAUCAUUGGAUAUUUUCGAAUAUUUAAUAAACACUUAUUUAAAAAUAAAUCCUACCGUAAAUAUCAGUUAUCUGUUGAGUAAAUGUAUUCACCAUUUGGACGCCGAUAUACAGGGUGGAUUUUUAGAAAAAGUGUACGAAUUGGGUACUAUUAAAUUAGCUACGGACAUUUUACCACCUCUUUUUUGGAAUUGCGAUUUGGACGUUUUCGAACAGUUCUUUAUUCAAAAUAUUGAAAAUAUUUUACAAAAAUUCGAAGAAGGUGAUCCGGAAUUGGCUAUUAUAAAUUUUAUCCUUGUAGAAGUAUUAUUUUUGCGUAUACCGAUAGGUUCAGCUGACAGAAAAAAUUGCGGUAUAUGCAUAGCAUCAAAAAGGACUAAGUUGCUGCAAGAUUUGUUAAAAUACGCUUUAGAUGCUUUUAAAUAUGACAAAAAGCAAGAUGAUCUUACUAGGCGGUAUAAAUGUCACGCUUACAACGCUUUGGCAUCAAUGGUUAGCAAUUCUAUCAAGAAAAUAAAUUUCUACGAGAAAUUAUUCAUCAGACAAAAUGACAACGAUGAUGUUGACAUACUCUGGCAUGGGAUUGUCAAUAUCGACGCCAACUACGAUUUUCCUAGAGAAUUCGAUACAUUACCAGCUCAAAAAAAGAUUCUUGUGAAUAUUAGAGAUGAACUUCGGCAACAUAGACAUAAAACCGGCAACAUGUCGAAAACCUUACAGUACAUCGAAUCCCAAAGACUGUUCAACAGUUCUCUCAGCGAAGACGUGACUAAAUUCGAUUUUUCUAACAGCGUUUUGCGUUCUGACCACCAAGGCAGGAGAAAAAUGGCUGAAAAUGUACAAGUACAGAGCGAAAUUUACUUGGAUAUGACCGAAAUUAACAAACAUGAAUGCAUGGCGACCGUUUGCAGUCUUAUUCAGCAUAUUUUUGAUAGCGGUAUUUGUGAAUUACCAUCAUACGAUGAUGAAGAUAUACAGUUGCCAAAAUUUUUGCACGGUAUCAGAUCAUUGCUUCUCAACGGAAACACCCAUAAAAAUGUUAAAAUAUUCUUGGUGAAAAUUAUCGAUAACAUGAUCCACAUAUUCAACAGAUACGCCAAAUACUUUUUGGAACCGCUUAUACAAUUUGUGGUCGACAAAAUUGCUGGUGAAACCAUAAACUAUUUUGUAACCGACGUGCUGGUGAUAAUAUCCAGAUGGUCUACAGAAAUCCCGAUUCUAUCGGCACCAGAAGCCGAUCUAGCGUCGAAACUUCUAGAACACUUCAUAAAAAAUCUCGAAAAAGACCGUCAAGACGUCUUCAAAUACAACAUCGAACUACUUAAACUCAUAGUCGAAUCGUGGAAAACUCAUCUCGCGCCCCCCGUAAGCGCCAUUUUCGAAAUGCUGUCAGACGAUAAAACGGCCGAAAUCGCCAUCUACGUUUCAUCCGUACUUCUCGUGAACAGCCUGCAGGUUUGGCAACGUGGCAGCGAGCACGAAUUUCUAAAUUUGAUGCUAGCGCAGUUGAAUUCGCAAAAGCGGAGCGUGUACCGGGGGUGCGCGGAAACUUUAGGGCCUUUGUUGAAGAAUCUGAAGGCCGAUGAAUUUGUGGAUAGCGUUAAUUUGAAGCUAAACGGCAUUACGGAUUUUGAGAAGUACGUGGUUUGUCUUGAAGGCAUAGCGAUAACAUUCCCUCAAAUCGUCAACAUCUUACACUUGUCUCGUUUGAUCGGCCCUUUCAAUCAAGUAACGUGCGCUCAAAAAAUCGCCCAUUUAAAGGUCAUCCAUAAACGAUUAGAAAUUUCCACGGACGUCCUUCAAGAGGUCAGCGAAUUCAGAAUCAUGCGAUGGCACGACCACAUCGAGGACUCCAAUUUAGAAAUUCAAAUUUUAUCCUUAGAAAUCGUUAAAAAAUGCGUGGCCGAAUUUUCCAAAUAUCCCGACUUUCCUAAAAUCGUAACGGCCUUAACCAGGAACGUUUAUCAUCCGAACGCGGUUUUUAGGGGCUGUUUAUACGACGCGGCAAUCGCUAUAUACAGUUUACACGAGAACGAAAGCGAUUCGUGUAAAGAAAUUCUAAUUUACGGUCUAAUAGAUGCCGAUAUUGACAAUCAGAAUAAAAUCAUCGAUUUUUGGUCGCUAAAUUCAGAUUUACCCACCACGGUAUUACAAAGAUUUUCUUACUUGCUUUCCGAAAUGUAUAAAACGAAGAUAGAAGAUAAGCUGUUGGGUUUUUCGACUUAUUUUUUGCUCGUAUUGCUGCGCGGAAGUGACAAAUACGAUUUGGAGAUUUUCGAGCAUCCAUUGGAGGAUUGCGAUUUCGAGGAGUACAAGCUGCAGACUAGUUGGAAGUUGCAGCAUCCCUCCGUGGUGCCGAUGUUCGCGGAAACUUUGGAUGUUGGCAGUAUUGAAAGCUCAUCUUCAGACCCCGAUAGAGACGUGUUUCAGCUACGCCAAACUCCAACAAAUUUAGAAUUCGCUCCCACGCAAUCCUACCAAGAACAACAACUGUCAAAAUUCACCUUCAUAGAAAGCACUUUAGGGGUGGACCAUGAUCCCUUAUUUAAAGAUCCGAACAGUUACCCGCUAUCCGACAAAUAUAAAAUGAGGAAGCGAUUCUUGAAGGAUAAAACGAAGAUAUCGAUAAAUAUGGCGCACGCUGAAACGAACAAAAAGAUCAAAAAAGGUCAAGAACGCGUCGAGUCGGCUUUGGAAAGGGAAAAGAAGGUUACUAUUUACAGGAGUUAUAGAAGAGGCGAUUUUCCUGAUAUUCAAAUUGAUUUGUCGGCAGUUUUGAAGCCUUUACAGAUGUUGGCACUGCACGACAACGAAAUAUCCAAAAUCCUCUUCCUAGAACUAUUCAAAGGUCUGUCUUCCAAAAUAGAAAAUAACGCAAAUUUUUUAUCCACCAUAUCCCGAUCCAUCCAAAACAUAUUCCAAACGUCUAUCCAAUUCAACAGGUACCUAUUCAGCGCUUUGCUAGAUAUUCUAUUAAAAAAUAAAGAGAAAAUCAAUCUAGACCCGAAUUUGAUCGCCAAAGUGUCUCGAGAAAGCGGUUUGGGAUCCGUAGGAAUUCUAUUGCUCGAAGAAUAUAUUAUUGCGGGUGUAGAAGACGAAGGUCCCAGUACCAGCAAGAGAUGCCCGGGGCAAGAUACCAGAGAAACCAUUUACUGGGUGAAAUUAGCGGAACUAUAUAAAGACAUAGAAGAAUGGGAUGCCGUAAGAUCGAUUUUCUCGGAAAAAAUGGACUGCAAAGAUACAAUCCAAAAAGCACUAACCUACGAAUCCAAAUCGUUGUUCAGAGAAGCCCGACAGCUAUACAAAGACCUUAUCCAAACGGAUCUGUCGCAGAACAGAAGAGAUUUUUACUACGAAUCGUAUUUCAAAUGUUUCGCAAAUUUGUGCGAAUGGGAAAAAAUCCCCAACGCUAUUGAAUCCGUCGUAGAGAACGAGAACACCUGGAAAGGCCUCUGGGAGGACGACUGGUCCAAACAGAAACUCCUACCUUGGUACAUAACCUCGAAACUCAAAACGCAAUUAUUCAAUCAAGAAAUCCAACACGAUUUUCUCUCUAAUUUGAACGAUUGCCUAACCCAUCCGAAAAACAGCGAAUACCUCACGUCGAACUUCUCGGAAGAGCUGUCCAUCUUGUGGUUGUCUCAGAACGACAUACCGACCGCUGUACAGUACUUAAAAACUUGCGUCAGAAAUUUCUUGAACGACUGGCAACUUAUGAACCCGAUGUUUCAAUCGCAGCGUUACCAGUUGCUUCUGAAGCUGCAAACCGUCAUCGAAAUAGCCGAUUUCACAGCGAUCUGUAAUACUCUGACAGAUGACAUUGACAGAUCCUUGAAAUCGCUGACGGAAAGAUGGCGUAGAUGUCAGAAUGAUACGACGCCUUCUGUGUUAUUCAGCGAAACUAAAUUGUUAUACAGAAGGCACUUUAUUAACGUAAUCGUGGAGAAAUUACAGAAAAUUGAAGGGUUGGAUUUGAAGCAACAGAUUAAGGAUAUGAAAGUGGCUAAAUUGCGAAUGGAUUUGGAUUUGAUUAAUACUGCAGCCGAUUUGGGGAGCUUCUAUAUCACCAGGAAGUAUCUAAAACCAUACAUGGAGAGAGAGAAUGACAAAUUGAGUCUGGCUAAAGGUACAGGGGUGUUUUUAAAAACCCAAAUGAUGGAGAACCCAUCGGAUAAAUUAAAUUUCUUGUUGGAUGCCGUUGAAGUAUUUUCACACAUUACAAAUUCGGAAGCUUUAAAAGCCAGCACGAAACGAUUUGACGUCCUUAUGAACAUUUCCAGUAUUGUAUCCAACAAUAACGAUCUCCUGACCGAAUUCCGAGAAAAACUUGCUGCAUUUACCGAUGGAAUUAAAAAUUCAGCGUCGGAUAUCGAAAAACACGCAUUUAAUGUACUAAAAUCGGCCGUAGAAAACUGCAAUACCGACUCUAUGGAUACGGAUAGCGAUAAUUUCGAAACAAUAAAAAAAUUUAAAAAUAUAUCCGAUGCUUAUAUAAAAUUGGCUCAUUUUAUUCGAGGAAAAGGCGACGAAAGUCUACAGGGCGAUUUUAUUUUGUUCGUUUUACGAGCUAUGAGACUAAAUUCAUCCGAAGCCAGGCAGCUGUUCCCCUGUAUAUUGAUGCAGAAUGACUUGAGCGGAAUUUAUAAAGAUACGUUUAUAACAGAGGUGGACAACAUUCCGACGUGGAUGUUUUUGGGCUGGAUACCUCAAUUACUGGCCAACGUCGAUUCUCCAAAAAUUUUUGCUCUGUCUAAAAUUAUAUUAAGGAUAGCGGAAACCUAUCCACAAGCCAUUAUGUACCCAUAUAGAUUGAGCAAAGAAAACUACAAUUUUAAUGACGGCAACGUCGCUUCCGAAGCUAAAAAACUGACGGACAGGCUGGACGAUUUGCUGUUGAAAGACGAGAAAAUCGAAAAGUUUUUGAAAGCUUUGUCCUACGUUUGCGUACCUGCGGCCAUUCUAAAAUACUGGGUCGCUAAAAUUUUCAAAUCCCAAAAUCCGGAGACAAUCAAAAAGUAUGUUAAAGCAAUAGAAACAGAUAUAUUUGAGGAAAAGUGCGGUACAGGAAACGUGGCUAAUCUGCAAGGAAACAUGUUCAAGAAAAUCGAAAAAUACAAAAGGGAGUUCGUCAAAUUUACUGGAAAAGGUAUGACUGCUCCAAAAAUUAAAGAACUGUAUAUGAGAUUGAAUGGAGAAUUUGUCAAUAUGUUAAAUGAUAAACGAAACAAUUCGUUAAUGUUGAAGGAUUAUUCUCCUUGGAUAGCAAAUUUUUCGGCGAAUAAAUUGAAUAUGGAUCUCGAGAUACCUGGCCAGUAUGACGGGCAAAAGUUGCCGCUGCCUCAACACCACGUUAAAAUAUCUGGAUUUUGUCCUGAAGUUAACAUCAUGGAGUCUAUCCGUAAACCGAUGAAACUCACAAUAUUAGGCAUGAACACCAAAGAAUAUCCAUUUUUAUUAAAAUUCGGCGAAGAUAUUCGUCAGGAUCAGAGAAUCGAACAAUUAUUUUGUCUGAUGAACGUCUUUUUAAGAAACGAUCAUUCUUGUUCAAGUAACGGCUUAGAAAUUCUGACAUACCAGGUGAUUCCCUUAACCUCAAAUUUAGGAUUGAUACAAUGGAUCGACCAUACGCGACCGUUGACCGAUUUUCUUAAAAAAUCUUUGAAGAACGAUAGGGAACUAAAGCAAUAUGAUGACCUUCGCGAUGAAUACGAUAAAAAAUUAAGGAUAGAUAACCGUAAUUGUUUUAACUCGUACGGGAAAGCCGCCGUUAAUAUCAACAAAGAAAGAAUCGUCGACAUUUAUUCGACAUUGGUCAGAAAAGUAUCGGCGAACAUUUUGAGGACAUCUUUUUGGUCUUUAAGCAAUAGUACGGAAAACUACAUAGCAUUACGCAACAAUUUUAUAAAAACGUACUCUGUAAUCUGCGCUACGCAUUGGAUUUUAGGCAUAGGCGAUCGACAUUUAAGCAACAGCCUGAUCAGCCUAAGAAACGGCAAAGUUUUAGGCAUAGAUUUUGGCCACGCGUUCGGCACGGCUACUCAGAUUCAACAAGUGCCCGAAUUGGUCCCGUUCAGACUCACGCCGCAUCUGGUCAAUUUGAUGGAACCGCUAAAAGAGAGAGGACCAUUCAGAGAGUAUAUGAUACACUGUUUGCGUUGUUUGAGAGAUAAAAAUCCGUCUUUGCUUGCCACGAUGAACGUAUUCAUUCAAGAACCUUCGCUAGAUUGGUUGGAGCACUCCGGUGUGACAGAAGACGGCGAAACGCCGGAUGCCAACCAGAGUGACAGUUGGUAUCCGGUGGUGAAAAUCGAACAGGCGCGUCGUAAGCUGGCAGGUGCUAAUUCCGUGGAUAUUAUGAUGGAAGAAUUGACAGACGGAUGUAGAAAUGAAGCGUACACGCAGGCGUACUUGAGACACGUCAAGGGCGAAACCGGAGUUAAUUUUAGAAGCGAUUUGAUUGGACGAGCAGAUUUAAGCGUCGAAGAACAAGUAGAUUGCUUGAUAGACCACGCUACCGAUUAUAAUUUGUUAGGUAGAAUGUACGGUGGAUGGUCUCCGUGGGUGUAAAAUCGUUAAACGAUUGAUUUUAGCUGCAAGU